CACACUCUUUCUCACCAAACAAUGUCACACAUUGCAACAUUCUUAAUCACCACCCUCAAAUUAGUGUUUCUCACUUUCACAUGUUUUCAAUUGUCAUCCAGCCUUGAUGUGGGCUGUGAUUUAUUCCAAGGCAGCUGGGUGGCCGGCGCCGGCCCUAUCUACGACGUUCCGAUGUGCCCUUUCGUCGACAAACAGUUCGACUGCGCCGGAAACGGAAGGCCGGACAAGCUCUACCUCAAUUACACAUGGAAGCCCAACAACUGCAAAUUGCCCAAAUUUAGUGGGGUGGAUUUUUUGAGGAGGUUUCAAGGGAAGAGAAUAUUGUUUGUGGGAGAUUCCCUUAGCUUGAAUCAGUGGGAAUCUCUUGCAUGCAUGCUUCAUGCAUCGGUUCCUCGGUCAAACUACACCAUCAAAAAGACAGGAGGGGUUUCCACGUUUUACAUGCCGGAGUACAAUAUGUCGUUGAUGUUGUCCAGGAAUGCGCUAUUGGUCGAUUUAGUUGUGGACGGGAAGAGGGGGAGGGUUUUGAAGCUCGAUUCGAUCAAGAAUGGGGAGUCGUGGAAAGGGUUUAAUAUGCUUGUGUUCAAUUCAUGGCAUUGGUGGGUUCAUAAGGGAAGACAAACGCCGUGGGACUACAUCCAAUUUGGUGGUGAAGUGUACAAAGACAUGGAUCGAUUGAAAGCUUACGAGUUGGGCCUAAGAACAUGGUCCAAGUGGGUGGAUUCUAACAUCAAUCGUUUGCAAACUAGGGUUUUCUUUCAAGGCAUCUCACCUACUCAUUACAAUGGCAUCGAGUGGAAUAAUGCAUUACCGAACGGAGCAUCGUGCUAUGGAGAGACGGAGCCGAUUCAUGGAUCCGUGUACCCUGGGCCAGAUCUGCCGGCCGUGGCAGCAGUAAAGCGCGUGCUGAGAAACAUGACGACGUCGGUGCAGCUGCUGGACGUGACCACGCUCUCGGCGCUGCGGAAAGACGGCCAUCCGUCGGCAUACGGCAUCGGCGGGAAGAAGGGGAACGACUGCAGCCAUUGGUGCCUCGCUGGCGUGCCGGAUACUUGGAACCAACUGCUCUAUGUCACUCUAGUUGCUAAUGGAAAUCAAUUAAUUCCAAAAUAAAAUUUGCUCAUUACUAAAAGCAUUCUUUUUUCUAUGUGUACAUGUUGAGACGACUAAUUAAAUUGAUUUCAUUUUAAAAUUUUGAAGUUUGUUGACAAUGUGUACAUGUUGUUGAGACGAAAAGUAUAAAAUCAAAGAAUGAAUUCUUACAUUGAAUUUUUUUUAUAAA